GCUCAGAUUGCUAAAGGACCUAACAAGACUAAACUUGCUGCUGAGACAGCACAGAACACUGCAAGCCUUCCGCAUUGUUAGUGGAGUGAAGCAGAAAUACUGCAGGUAGAAGAGGAACCAACCAAGUCACGACUUACCCAACGCCAUGAAGUUAUUCAUCAUUAUCUCAGUUAUGCUGGGGGCACUCGUCACAAGCCUAGAAUCUGCUUUGACCAGGCAGCAGCGGCACAUACUAUCAAGCAAACAUAAAUCAGGACAUCAAGAUUGUAACUGUGUAAAUGGAGGAACCUGCAUUUCUUAUCAACUCUUUUCCCGGAUUAACCGUUGCUUAUGUCCAAAAGGAUACAGUGGACAGCACUGUGAAAUAGACACUGAAAGCCAAUGCUAUACUGAGAAUGGUCAGGACUACAGAGGGACUAUGUCAAAGAAUGAGAAAAACAAAGAAUGCUUAUCGUGGGACUCCCCUUCACUAAUUAGGUGGGAUUACCAUGCUGGUGUGAGAAAUGCCCUGCAGCUUGGACUGGGGAAACACAACUACUGCAGAAACCCGGACGGAAAAGCUAAGCCCUGGUGUUACAUUAAGAGGGGAUAUCGGACUUUGAAAACAGACUGUAACAUACAACUGUGUCACACAGAAAGAGAACCCACGUGUGGCCAGAGAAGCUCCAGCAAGUACUUCAAGAUCGUUGGCGGGAGCAUUGCAACUAUUGAGUCUCAGCCUUGGAUAGCCACCAUCUUCCAUUAUUCAAGGAAAAUGGGGCAGAACAAAUUUGUGUGCGGUGGCAGCCUCAUUGACCCUUGCUGGGUGCUUACCGCUGCACACUGCUUCUCCCUACUAGGAACGGAUUCAUCAGGCUACACGGUUGUUCUUGGAAAGUCCAAGCUGGAUGCUAAUGAUGACAAAGAACAAACAUUUAAGGUGGAAAGAAUCAUCAAUCAUCAUGAAUAUUCAGAUGAAAGAGGUGACUUCACUAAUGAUAUUGCUCUCAUGAAAAUAAAGUCUGCUUCCGGACACUGUGCAGCAGAGUCUGAAUAUGUCAAAACUAUCUGUUUACCGUCUGAAAACCUAGUACUGAGGGACAAUUCCCAGUGUGAAGUUUCUGGCUAUGGGAAAGAAGACAACUGGGAUAUUUACUAUUCCAAAAUAUUGAAGACAGCCAACGUGAACUUAAUAUCACAGUCAUUGUGCCGGGACGAAUACUAUGACCAAACCAGGGUGAAUGACAACAUGGUGUGUGCUGGCGAUGUGCAGUGGAAGUCUGAUGCAUGCAAGGGAGAUUCUGGUGGACCACUGGUCUGCGAGUACAAUGGCAGGAUGUCUCUGUAUGGGAUCGUCAGCUGGGGAGAUGACUGUUCUAAAGAAAAGAGGCCCGGCGUCUACACCAGAGUCACUAAAUACCUUUCUUGGAUUGAGUCCCACAUGAAGGGAGUCAAUUUCAAAAGCCGUAGCCUCCCUAAAUGAAAGUGACCUUUCCUCAAGGCAUGGACCCAAAGCAGGAAGUCUAGAGCAUUCAUUUCAAAUAA